AAAUGAAGAGUCUAACAAUUGCGGUAUUCGCGGUUUUGUUGGUGGUGGCUGCCUCUAAGCCACAACGUGAUUUCCUAAACUGGGAAAGGAUUCGCCAAGCUGCUGUGGCCAAUCGUGGAUAUGGAUACGUUUCUGGUAAUACAAUUGCCCACUGGAGACAAAGUGCACCCAUACUAGCGGAGACUACUGCCGCUCCGGAAGAGUCGACUACCGGAGCUUCUGAAGAAACUACUGAAGGUGGAGCCGAAACUACUGAAAGUACUGUAGAAACUACUGAAGGCGGAGAGGAGUCUACUACUGAAGCUGUCGGUGAAACAACUGAAGGCGCAGAGGAGUCUACUACUGAAGCAGCCGGUGAAACAACUGAAGGCGCAGAGGAGUCUACUACUGAAGCAGCCGGUGAAACAACUGAAGCUGCCGAAGAGACUACUGAAAAUGCCGGUGAAACUACUGAAGCUGGCGAAGAGACCACAGAGGGAUCCGGAGAGACUACUGAAGAAGCUGGCGAAUCUACUGAAAGCUCUGUAGAUACUACUGAAGCAACCGAUGAGUCAUCAGCUCAGCCCGAUGAGUCUACCACUGCCGAAAUUGAGGAGUCCUCAAGCCAAGCACCAGCUGAAUCUACUAGUGAAGUACCUGAGGUAUCCAGCUCUUCGGCAAGCUCUGAAGAAUCUAGGGAAUCCAACGAAUCUGAGGAAUCCAAGGAAUCUAACGAAACUCGGGAAUCCAAGGAAUCUAACGAAACCCGGGAAUCUAAGGAAACCAAAGAGUCGAAGGAAACCAAAGAAUCUAGUGAAGGAUCCAAAAAUUCAUCGAAUUCCGAUUCUGAUGACUCAUCAUCUGACUCCAAAGACGACUAAUUGAAUGGAUCUGUAAUCUUUUAAAAAUCUUCUUAUUUCAAUGAAUUUCACUGUAAUUGCUAAUAAUUAUACUAUUUCAAAUAAGCAAAUGUA